AUGACCCGAGACGAGGAGAUGAUGUUUACGCUUCGCACCGGGGCAAUUCCCCAGCUUCCCAGUCCAGAAGUUGUUCCAUCCACCACUGGGGCCGAGGAGUUACAUCAGAUGAUCAUCCUGAAGGAGUGGAAGCGGGUCUGGUAUCUUGGCGGUCAUGGGGGCGUGCUCAUUGAGAUAGCUACACCAUACGACGACGUUCGCAGAGGUAAGAUGAACUGUCUACACUAUGCGGCUCUAACGGGAUCUACUGAGGCUGUGCGCUUACUCAUGCAAUCUGCGGGUAGGAAGGCGGCAAAGAUCUUUAUUAUCAAUGGCCCCAAGUACCAUAAUCCAUCUGCCUUGAUGUUGGCUGCAGCUGGGGGACACACAGAGGUUGUGCAGCUCCUUAUGAACGCGGAAGCACGCAUGACAGAGGAUUGGGGUGGCAAGACUGCGCUCAUGAUUGCCGCUUGGAAUGGACAUUGCGAUGCUGUGCUCCUUUUGGCCGAUGCUGAAGCCCGAAUGCAGGAUAACGCUGGGAUGACUGCUCUGAUGCUUUCGGUGUGGACGGAGAUGCCGGGGUGCACCUCUGUCCUGGCUCCUCUAGAGGCCGGUCUGAUGGAUGCAUCUGGUCAUACUGCGCUGUGCCACGCGUGCAUGCACGGCUCGGUUGACUGUGCUAGACUUCUUGCUCCUCACGAAGCGGGUCUCCGCCUUCCCAGUGGGCAAACAGUUGCAGAGGCUGCCCUCUCCAAGACUCCUAGCCAGUACAAAGAUGCUGUUGCUAACGUUCUAGCAUCGUUCUUGCAGUAG